UAUAGCUAUGGUACCACGCAGGGGCUUUGUUCUUUCUGUUGUUCUCUCGGUUUUAUUUGUAUCUGUCACUGCUAAAGCACGGAGUUUAAGAGUAGCAGCUAGUGGCAAUGAAAGUGAUCAUCAUCAACAAAAAGCCAUGGAUUACAAGUUUCAGUCAAGCCAAGAUGGUGCUCUUGACUAUGGGACUGAGGACUUGAAUGCUAUGGAUUACACUCCAGCAAAGAGGAGACCACCAAUUCAUAACUGAUU